UGUGGACAUAAGGCGUGUGUGAAGAACUUUGCUCUUUUGGAGUAGUAUCUGUCGGUCCUGCGUAAAAAGCUUCUCCUAAAAUCCGUGAACAAUCCCUUCGCAGUUUUGAACACGAUUGGAUUCUUUUGAACCUUCCUUGACUCUUCUCAACGAUGGCAAUGUGAAUGAAGUAUUUCCAAUUAACAGAUGAUAUUUGAGUGGAGAUGGCAACAACAGCAGUGUCUGUCGGAGAGAAUCAGAUCCAGAGAAUAAUCCGAGAUCUAAAAGAUGCAAUUUCAGAACUAAAUCGAGAACAUAAGGAAAUUGGCGAGCCAAUUACUGAUGAUAGCACAAAUCUGCAUAAAUGCUGCUUAAAAUUAGAAUACCUCCUUCAGUUUGACCAGAAGGAAAAAACUUCAUUUCUUGGCAACAAGAGAGACUAUUGGGAUUUUUUCUGCAGUUGCUUAGCCAAGGUGAAAGGAGCAAAUGAUGGAAUUCGUUUUGUGAAGUCUAUCCCAGAGCUAAAAACCUCUCUUGGUAAAGGACGAGCAUUUAUCCGCUAUUCCUUAGUCCACCAGCGUCUGGCUGAUACUUUUCAGCAAUGCUUAAUGAACGUUAAAGUUACCAGUGACUGGUAUUAUGCUCGAAGCCCAUUGCUGAAAUCUCACCUCGUCUCUGAUAUUGUUAUUCAUCUUUAUGAACUGAAUGAAGUGCAAUUUGACUUGGCAUCUAGAGGGCAUGAUUUGGAUGCUACUUGGCCAACAUUUGCACGGCGAUCUUUUGGCAUGUCUUAUUCUCCAUCUCAUCUUUGGAAACCACCAAGUAGAUGUUCCAGCAUAAGCAGUUUGGUCAGCAACUAUUCACAACCUCCAGAAAGUCUUAUAAAUCUAGAAAUAAACAAUUCUUUAACAGUAGAGCAACUGGAAACCCUUGACGAGUUACGUGUUGAACUUGAUCAGUCUGAUGUAAAGCAAAAAGAGAUGCAUGAAAAGAUCCAACAGUUUGAACUGGAAAAGGAAGAGUUACAGAAGACAAUAAUAUUACAUGAGCAAACAAUAGAAGCUCUGAAGAAAUCAGCUGCUGAUGCAAUGGAGGAGAACAUCACGCUGAAGAAGACAGUGGAAGGGCUGAGUCAGCAGUGUGAAGACUUUGCUCAAGGCAAUGCGGAAGAACUUCAUAAAUCUCUGCAGAUGUUACAAGUUAAUUCCACUGAAAAACAACAGGCACCUCAGUCAAAGGUUACAGAAUUAGAGACAUGUAAUGAAGACUACACAAAAAAGCUGCAGUCACUAACACAAGAAAUAGAAAGGCUCAGGUCAUCAGAAGGUGCAAAAAAUACCGAUUUUGAUGAACUUCAGACAAAGCUAGUCACAGCAGAACAGAAGAAUAUAGAGCUAGUAGAAAGGAUAGAAGAUAUUUUGACUGAAAAGGAACAACUGACAGCAACUCACUAUGAUUCAGCACAGAAAAUCCAUGAACUCCUUGACAAGUUGAAUGAUGCUGAGAGAGAGGAAAUUGAAAUACAAAGGUUAAACAAUAUGCAGCAACUACAGCUGGCAAAGUUAACAAAUGAUUUGAAAUCAAAAGACUCAAUAAUAGAUGAACUUGAAUUGAAGCUGAAAGAAACUACUAUGAAAUUAGAGGAAAAGGAUGUUAUGCUUGUGAAGAAAAGCAAAGAGCUGGAAUCUUAUCUGAAUAAAUAUAGCGAAAUAAAAAGUGUACAAGAAAGUGAUACAACUGAACUUGAAUCAAAUCAAAAGGCAAUUCAGGAGCUAAGAAAUGAGAAAGAUGAAGCACUAAUCAAAUGUAAAGUAUUAGAUGAACAAAUAAGUACUCUUUCUAGCCAGCUGGCUGCUGCUAAUAAUGAGGCACAAAGCCAUCAGGAAGUUCGAAAUAAACUUUUCUGUGAGAAUGAAGAUCUUCGAAAAAAAAUGCAAGAUCUAGAAGAGAUAUUAUCUAAUGGUCAAUGUAGGUCAAACCAUAUCAAGGUUGACCUUCAAAAACUUGAAAUUGAGAAUAAGAAACUUCAACAUAUUGUGCAGAAAAAUGCUGAAAGAGAGAAAGAAGUGGAGAGAGCUUGUUUGUCCCUUGAAGCUGAGAUAGAUAGACUCAAUGCAUCUGAGAAACAGUUACAGAGCCAGAUAGCUGAUGCCAUGGUUCCAAUGGAUGAAAAAGAGAAACAGCUAAGGGAAGAAAACAAACAAUUGAAUGAGAAAUUACAAAAUGCUCUCAGACAGGUUGAGAAAGUAGAGACAAAACUGAAAGAAAAUCAGUUGGAAUUUGAUGAGCUAAAACAAGAAGAAAUUAAGUUGAAUGAUCGCUUACUCAAUCUCCAAGCAGAUUUGCACAUCAAGGAAGAAAUGACUUCAGACCUGGAGAAUAAAUUAUUAAAGUUACAGCAGAAUGAAAAUUCUCCUGUCUCUCUUGUAGCUGGAAACAAAGUUAACCUGUUAAAGCAGUUAUCAGAGAAUGUUGAAAAAUAUCAGGCAAAAGUAGAAAUCCUAGAAAAAGAAAAAAUGACUCUUGAGGAUAACUUUCAGCAACAGACUCAGCUUAUAGAGAAUUUAAUAGCUGAGAAAAAUGCAUUAGUGAAAGCACAGGUGACAGAGAAAGACCUCUAUGAGAAAGAAAUGCAGAAGAUAAAUAUGGGACUAGCUACCGCUAAAAAGCAGCUGGAAGUUGAGCAGAGUGAAGUGUCCAGGUUACAGGGAGUGAAUAAAGAACUCAGGUCAAAGCUUAAAUAUGCUAUUGAGGAAAAAGAAAGUAUACAGAGUAAUCUAAAUCUUGCAGUAUGUUCGAAAGAGGAAUACAGAAUGCUGGUUCAAAAUCUGAAAGAACAGAUAGAAUCAAAUAACAGGAAUCAUGCUGAGAAACUCUUGAUGUUAAAAGAAAAAGAAGAUUAUCUUAAAAAAGAGAGAGAGAAAUUAGAACAGCAGAUAAUUGAACUUGAAGAACAGCUCGCAACUUUUAAAGAAGAAUCGUCUCAACAGAAAAAAUAUAUUGAAAAAUUAAAGUCUGAGAAUAUUGAAACCAAAGAUCUGCUUAAUAGGGCAAACACUGAAAUGGCAGAACUUGGCAUGCAGAUUUGUACACUAAGUGCAGAAAAAAAUGCCACUGAGCAGAAAUAUAAUGACAUUUGUCAACAGCAAGCAACAUUUUUUGAGGAGAUGAAAUUGGAACAAAACCAACUAAAUGUAAAUGCUUCUGCACUCAAGAAUGAGAAUGAACACCUUCAAGAGGAGUUAAGGAGAUCAGAAGAUUUAGCGACAACUGUAAAAGAGCUGCAGAGAAAGCUAUUGAAAACACAACAGCAAGCAGAAAGUCUCCAGGAGGUGGCAAAGGAAGAGGUGUCUGCAGUCAAAUUUCAGAUGAGUGGAGAGGUGAUGGAUUACCAGAAUAAAUUAAAGACUGUCAGUGAAGAACUAGAGGCUGUGAAAAGGGACCUUAAUGAGCGCCAAAGCCAAAUAGCUUUAAUGGAUAAACAGCUUGUUGAUUUGCAAGAUCUCAACAGUAAAUUUAAAGAGCAGUUGGAGCAGAAAGUACAAGUAAUUGCAGAUUCACAAUUAUUGAGAAAUGAAGAGCAGGAAAAACUGAAGUCCCUUUCAGAAAACUUCAUCAGCACCCAGCAAGAGUUGGAAGCUGUAAGAAAGGAGCAAGAAGAGUAUAAGCAACACCUAGAGCAAAUGCAAGUGGAAAUGAGGAGAAAUGAACAAAAACUUGUGGCUGAAGUAGAUGACUUGAACCGAACUAAGGAAUUCCUGGAAGAGCGCUUAAUUGAACUAAUUAAAGAUAAGGACGCUCUAUGGCAGAAAUCUGAUGCAUUAGAAUUUGAACAGAAGCUCCGCACUGAAGCACGAUGGCUUGGCGACAGGGAAGUUAAUUACUGUUUGGAUUGUCAAAGUCAAUUUACAUGGUGGUUACGUCGGCAUCACUGCAGACUUUGUGGACGUAUCUUCUGCUAUUAUUGUAGUAAUAAUUUUGUAAUGACAAAACACAGUGGUAAAAGAGAGCGCUGCUGCAGAGCUUGCUAUGCGGAGCAUAGUGCAGUUGUUCAACGGUUGAAUGAUCCUGGGUCAUCAGAUACAACAAACAGCCCUGAUGAAUCUCCUUCACGAUCAGUGUCAGAAAGACAAAUUACCCGAAAUACAGAAAGUUUCACCAAACCAGAUGAUGCAGCCUUUGAUAUCAUCACAGAUGAAGAGCUCAAUGAAAUUGAAGACAACGAUUGUUUUUUGGAAUUUACAAACCAAGUUAGUUCUACUCAGCCAGAGUCAACCCUUCAAGACGCUACAUCACUAAGUCCAGCAUGUGAUACUCCAUCAGUUGAUGGUCCAAGAAUUCCAGCUGAAGAUGGAUCCAGACAAUCUAUGCAAGACGCAGAGAUUAAUUUGUUGAAGUGUGGUGAAAUAACACUCAAAAUACCCCUCACAGUGGAUGAGAUUCGACAGUUUGGAAAUAGUAGUAGAGAGCUUUUUAUUAAAUCCAGUUGCUACAGUCUUAUCCCUAUUGCAGUUGAAGAAUGUGGUUUGACCAUUAGCUGGGUCUUUUCUUCUGAUCCAAAGAGCAUAUCAUUUAGUGUCGUUUAUCAAGAGUGCGAAGAAACGUCAUAUGAACACUGCAAGGUUUUAAUUCCUUUAACACGUUGUAAUUCUCAUAAGGAAACGAUACAAGGCCAAAUGAAGGCCAGGAAUCCAGGACAGUAUUUGCUGAUAUUUGAUAACUCAUUUUCAAGGUUUACAUCAAAGAAGGUGUUUUAUCGCUUAACAGUUGAAAAACCCAUAAUCUACGAUGGAAGUGAUGUUUCUGAACCAUGAAAUGUUUGCACGUUUUUUUAACUUGUUCAAAUGUAACCAAAUAUAGGGCAAUAUUUUCUAAGGUUUGAAAUCUAUGCAAAUAAGCUUUAAAUAAAAAUAUAUUUAGUAACAUACUGUAUACUUUUUCAGCACUAAAUAAUAUAAAGUAGGACUAUCAGGUGCAGGCAGCAUUUUAGUAGUGGGUAAGAGUAGAGCUACCUGUCUUAUAUGAGAAAUUAUGGUUGCUCUGCCUUUUCUUGAUAUAUUCAAGUGCUGGUGUAAUAUUAUAAAGCAAACCCGCUUUUGUUGUUAUGCUACCACCUUGACCAUAUUUCAGCUACAGCUCAUUAUAUUGUUAUAAACUGACAGACACAAAAAUGUAUCAUUGGUGGCAUUACACCUGGGAAUGAAUUAAGUGGGUUAAUACCUCUUGUUCCCAGUAAUUUGCUGGAGAACAGAUGGCAGGAAUGUAGCCUAAUGAAGCAAAUGUGUGGAAAUAAUCUAUCUAAUCUAUGCAGUUAAGAACAUGCAACACUAUAAUCGGGGCAGCUUACAAGGAAAAGCAUAUUUAUAUUUAAUAUAACAGAUAUUUUGACUGAAGAUACAUAUAUUUUAAAAUGUUUGUAUGCCUGGAGCAGUUGGGGUGUUCGUGAAGGGUUUUAAUAUAACAGCUUUGUGGUAAUGCCAAUUUUAAUAGUAUACUUCUGACAUUAAUUUGGAAAAGUCAUUAGAUAUUUUUUCAAAUUACAAUGUAUAAUGCACUUUUGUUCCAAAAUUUGAUAUUUAGAUAGAAGCAAUCAA